AUGAGGCAGGCGGCGCUGCGGCUUUGUACCACCUUGGGCAAGGGGCUGCGUGCUCCUGGCAGAGGACUCACUCAAGGAUCCGAGAAUCCCGAGAAACAGAGAGUCCUCCACAUGCGUGAAGCAUGUUCACCUAUACAUGUGAAUCACGUUCGUGAUAAGUUGCGGGAGAUAGUAGGAGUCUCCACAAACUGGAGAGACCAUGUGAAAGCAAUGGAGGAAAGAAAAUUACUUCAGAGUUUUUUGGCUCAGUCACAGAAAGGACUGCCACCCAGGAGAAUGAAAGACAGUUAUAUUGAGGUUCUCUUGCCUUUGGGUAGUCAGCCUGAAUUACGAGAGAAAUACUUGACUGUUCAAAACACCAUCAGAUUUGGCAGGAUUCUUGAGGAUCUUGACAGCCUAGGAGGUACUGGUAUUAUUUUAGUAUUUCUAAAUAGAUAUCCUGGAAUCAGCCAAAUCUCCAAGGAGCUCUGGUUCUUUUUGAUGGGGAAUGCUCAUAGCGCCUGUUCCUUCCCCAUGACUUCUGAUUCUUUCUCCUGGUACCUGCUCUUCUCCUCCGCAGAGCAGCAUAUGAACACAUCUUUUCUCUUCGACUACACUUUACACGGCAAUGAAUUUUGUCCUGUUUUGGAUGCAACCUUUGUAAUGGUGGCUCGUGAUUCUGAAAAUCAAGGGCCGGCAUUUGUAAAUCCACUCAUCCUUGAAAGCCCAGAGGAAGAAGAACUCUUUAGACAAGGAGAAUUGAACAAGGGGAGAAGGGUUGCCUUCAGCUCCACGUCAUUACUGAAAAUGGCUCCCAGUGCCGAGGAGAGGACAACCAUACAUGAGAUGUUUCUUAGCACGCUCGAUCCAAAGACUAUAAGUUUUCGAAGUCGAGUUUUACCCCCUCAUGCGGUGUGGAUGGAGGAUUCAAAACUGAAGAGCUUGGAAAUUUGCCACCCUCAGGAGCGGAACAUUUUCAAUCGGGUCUUUGGCGGUUUCCUUAUGAGGAAAGCGUAUGAACUUGGAUGGGCUACUGCUUGUAACUUUGGUGGUUCCCGACCGUUUGUAGUAGCAGUGGAUGAUAUCAUGUUUCAGAAACCCGUUGAGGUUGGAUCACUGCUGUUUCUUUCUUCGCAGGUUUGCUUUACUCGGGACAAUUACAUUCAAGUCAGAGUGCACAGUGAGGUGGCCUCUCUUGCGAAUAAAGAGCAUAUGACCACCAAUGUCUUCCAUUUCACGUUCAUGUCAGAAAAAGAAGUGCCCUUGGUUUUCCCCAGAACCUACGGAGAGUCCAUGUUGUAUUUAGAUGGGCAGCGGCAUUUCAACUCCAUGAGUGUACUGGCGAACUUGAGAAAGGACUACGUUGUGGAGCCCUAG